UAUGUUCUCGUUCUGAUCAAGAAAGCAGACCGACCAAUCACAAGAAUUUGAACGUCUUGUCUCACCACACGCACGCCACCACUUCCACAACAAAAAACAACUCCCAUGCCUCGAAAAGUCCGACGACUCUCCAUGUGCUAAUUCAAAACUCUCAACUGCUUGUCGGAGUAUUCAGCCAUGGAUUCUGCUUCUGUGAAAACGUUCCUGCUCGAUGUUAGAGCUUCUGCGAAUUCGUUGUUGUCGCAGUACGAGCCUCUGGUUCUGGUUUCUGCUCCUCUCUUUGCUCUUCUUGUCGCUUCCACGCUUCAAUCGGCUAUCCAUGGCCUGCAGGAGAAGGGACUCAAAGCCACACUCCUAGGGUUCUUCAUGAGCUUCAUCAAGUUGGUUCCUGGCGUCAAGAGUUACAUCGACGCUGAGAAGCAAAAGGUUGUGGAUAAGUUACAGUCUGGUGGUAAAUCUGGAAGAGAAAGUUGGAGAACUGAAUUGCCUAGCACGGGGUUGGGAGUGGGAGUCAUAGAGAAAAUGAAAGACGAGAAAAGUAAAGAUGUGGCUUGGCAAGGAAAAUGCUCGGGUGCAGUCUACAUUGGGGGAAGCGAGGUUGAAGGACAUUUUUCUGUAAUUAAUGAGGCAUGCUCAAUGUUUGCACAUACCAAUCCAUUGCAUAUGGAUGUCUUCAAAAGUGUGGUACGGUUUGAAUCGGAAGUUGUUGCAAUGACUGCUGCACUGCUUGGAAGUAAAAAGAAGUCUUCUGGAGGACAAAUAUGUGGAAACAUGACAUCCGGAGGAACUGAAAGUAUAUUAUUAGCUGUGAAAUCAUCACGAGAUUAUAUGAAAACCAGGAAGGGGAUUAAGAAACCUGAAAUGAUAAUACCCGAAUCUGCUCACUCUGCAUAUGACAAGGCUGCGCAAUAUUUUAACAUCAAGCUCUGGCGUGUCCCUGUAAAUAAAGAAUUUCAAGCGGAUGUCAAGGCAAUUAGAAGACACAUUAAUAAGAACACCGUUUUGAUUGUGGGAUCUGCACCUGGUUUUCCUCAUGGCAUUGUUGAUCCUAUUGAGGAGCUUGGUCAAUUGGCUUCUAGCUUUGACAUCUGUCUGCAUGUUGACCUUUGUCUUGGCGGCUUCGUAUUACCUUUUGCUAAUAAGCUCGGGUAUCCAAUUCCACCCUUUGAUUUUUCAGUGAAAGGAGUGACAUCAAUAUCAGCAGAUGUACAUAAAUAUGGGCUGGCUCCUAAAGGAACUAGCACAGUUCUGUACAGAAACCAUGACAUCAGAAAGCAUCAAUUUGUUGCUGUUACCGAGUGGUCCGGAGGGCUAUACGUGUCUCCAACCAUAGCCGGAAGCAGGCCUGGUGGCUUGAUUGCUGGGGCUUGGGCAGCUAUGAUGUCUUUAGGGGAGGAAGGGUACUUGGAAAACACAAAAAACAUCAUGGAAGCAUCAAAAAGACUUCAGAAAGGAAUAGAGGAAAUUCCGGAGCUGUUUGUCAUUGGAAAGCCAGACAUGACAGUUGUAGCAUGGGGAUCUAAUGUUGUUGACAUAUUUGAAGUCAAUGAUAUCAUGUCAUCUAAAGGCUGGCAUUUGAAUGCAUUGCAAAGACCCAACAGCAUUCAUAUCUGCGUGACGCUUCAACAUGUACCCGUCAUUGAUGACUUUCUCAGGGAUCUAAGGGGAUCCGUGAAAACUGUCAAAGAAAAUCCAGGACCGAUAAGCGGAGGGCUAGCUCCCAUUUAUGGUGCUGCAGGGAGGAUGCCGGACAGAGGUAUGGUUCAGGAGUUGCUGGUAAAUUACAUGGACGGUACAUGCUAGUGGUGCUCUCUGUCCACAUUGUUUCUCGUGCUUCAUGUUUUGUGCCAGAAUUCUUUGUUCACGUUGUAAGAAAAUUAUGUUUCCAAAAAAAAUAAAUAAGAGACCAAAAUCCAUUCGUUCA